UUAGAAUGAUUUUAGUUAUUGAUUUUCAAAGUGAGUAGUUCUUGCAUAGUUAUUAAAAUUUACUUUGUAAAAAAACAUAAAAUAUGUCUGCGAAACUACACGAAGCUCAAGAACAUUGCAAGUCAGCAGAAAAAUAUUUGAAGACAUCUUUGCUGAAAUGGAAACCUGAUUUUGAUUCUGCGGCUGAUGAGUAUAGUCAGGCAGGCCAAUGCUUUCGUAUUGCACGAGACUUGAAAAGUGCAAAAGAAUGCUAUUUAAAAGCUUCAGAAUUGUAUAAGAAGAAUCGGGCAUUCUUCCAUGCCGGUAAAGCAAUUGAGAAUGCUAUUAUAGUCAGCAAGGAGUUGAUACAGCCUGAAGAGUUGUAUUCACUUGGCUGUGAAUCUAGCAGUCUUUAUCAGCAACACGGAUCUGGUGACUCUGGAGCAAAUAUUUUGGAUAAAGUGGCCAAAAUCAUUGAAGAGAGGGCACCUGAUUUGGCGGUAAAACUGUAUCAGCAAGCUGCUGAUGUAUCUUCGGCUGAAAGCAGUCAGCAUCAAGGUUCUGAAUAUAUCAGCAAGGCUUCAAGGAUCUUAGUCAAACUCCAAAGGUAUGACGAAGCUGUAGACAGUCUGCGUCACGAAAUCGGUUUCCACCAAGAGUCCGGUAACAUCAAUGCAGUGGGAAGAUUAACUGUUGCUAUUGUUCUUGUGCAAUUAGCAAGAGGUGAUGCUGUUGCUGCAGAAAAAGCUUACAAAGAAUGGGGUAACAACUGUGAAGUUCCUGAGAUACAAACGCUCGAACAAUUGUUGCAAGCCUAUGACGAAGAAGAUCGGGAAUCUGCCAAGAAAGCGCUCGCUUCGCCUUUCAUUCGCAGCAUGGAUGUGGAGUAUGCUAGACUUGCAAGUACAAUACCUCUUCCAGAGGGUUUGGAACCAGCUCCAAAAGCCAGUGUCAGGGAGAAUGCGGCUCCAUCAUAUGUGAGCCAAAAUGCUGCAAAUAUGGCGCAAGAAGAUAAUGCCCAAGGAAAAUCUCAAGAGUCCAGUUCUCAUUUAUCUUCAAAUGACAUUCCAGAACAAAAAAAUGAAGAUGAAGAUGAGUUGUGUUAAAUUUGAAAAUAAAAGUAGCUUCUUCUUUCAUCUUUUUCAAAUUUCGGCUUUGAGAAUAGAUAUAUUAGAAAAUAAAUAUAUCAAAAAGAAUUGUAAUAAUAUAUUAAUCCAUUUAGAUUGAUCGAUAUGAUAUGAAUAUAUUUAUUAUAUUCCACUGGCAGAAGGAGUAAAAAUAAAGAAACCAUAAUAUUUAGAUAUUCCUUGGGAAUUGCUUAUAGCUCUGUUAUAUUAUGAACUUUGAACAGUUCUCUAUUAAUAUAUCUUUAUUAAUAAAACAUCUAUUCUAUUUAACUACUUAUAUCCAUUUGAAUUUUACUUCUAAAGUUUUGAUAUCAACUUCGCCGAUACUAAAAACUCCAUUUUUAGGAAUCCAUAAUGAUAGCCAUAGAUUAUUUUAAAUAUAGACCAAUAGUGUCAUGUCAAUUCAAGGUUGAAAAUGUUUAUUUAUUAUUACCGUUGCCUUUGGAAUACAUAUAUUACAAUAAAAUAUUAUUUAAGAAAUUAUUUUGCUAUUGUUGCUUAAACUUUGUCCUGUGUACUUGUACUUGUAUACAUACUUGCAAUUAUAUGUAAUAUGAAUAUGAUACAUAUAUAUUUUUUCAUUUAGUAUGUAAUUUUGUUGAGACAUAAUGUCAUUUUGUUGUCAACACAUUUAGUUAAUUAUAUGAAUUUAUUGAGCUAGCAAAUUAUAGCACACUUAGAU